AUGUCAGAUGUAGCUCCCUCCACCAAGAAGGGGUCCGCCUUCUGGCUCUGCUUCCUCGCCAUCAUCCUCGCCAACCUCCUCAGCGCACUCGACCUCACCGCCCUCUCCACCGCAGUCCCCAAGAUCGUCGAAGAGCUCAACGGCGGGGACAACUUUGUCUGGAUCGGUUCUGCCUACGGGCUCGCGGCCACCGCCAUCCUGCCCUUCUCCGGCAGGCUCGCGGACGUGUUCGGUCGUCGGCCCGUCGCGCUGCUGGCCAUCGCGAUCUUUGUCCUCGGCAGCGCCCUCGGAGGCGCGGCCCAGUCCAUGAACUGGCUCAUUGCCGCACGCACUGUCCAGGGCAUCGGUGGGGGUGCCAUCGUCAACUUGGGAUCCAUUGUCCUCAGCGAUCUCGUGCCACUCGCCGAGCGCGGCACCUACCAGAGCAUCCUGGUCCUCGUCUGGGCCCUCGCGUCCGGCGUCGGUCCCUUGGUGAUUGGUGCUCUGGCCGACGGCUCUGGCUGGCGCUGGGUGUUCUAUCUCAAUAUCCCGAUUGCUAGCGUUUCCUUUGCGUGCGUCGCCGUCUUCCUCAACGUCAAGACGCCCCCGGGCAGUGUGCGCGAGAAGCUGGGCAGGGUCGACUGGAUUGGGAACUUCAUCGUCAUCGCGGGCACGACGCUCGCUCUGAUUGCGCUCACCUGGGCCGGAGUUCGCUUCCCGUGGAACUCGCCCCACGUCCUCGCACCGCUGGUCAUCGGCAUGGCGCUCAUCGUCACCUUCUUCACGUACGAGGCGACGAUCCCCGCAGAGCCGACCGUUCCUCUCGACCUCUUGAGCCAUCGCACGGCGCUCAGUGGCUACAUAUCGACCUUUUUCGUGGGCAUCACCCUCAUUUCUGCACUGUACUACCUGCCGGUGUACUUCCAGGCGUGCCUGGGGGUCUCUCCCUUCCGCUCGAGCGUCGACCAGCUGUCCGCCAACCUGUUCUCCCCGCUGUUUUCCAUCAUCGCCGGCAUCGUGAUCAAGAAGACGGGCAGGUAUCUGCCGAUCAACGUGUUCGGCUGGACGGUCCAGAUCAUCGGCUUCAGCCUCCUGACGCUCCUCAAGGCGGACUCGCCUACCGGGCUCUGGGUCCCGCUGCAGAUGAUCGCCGGGGCUGGUGUCGGAUCGAUCUGGGCUGGGAACGUCUUCCCGAUCCUGGCCGCGGUGCCGGUGCCGCGCAUGGCAGCAGCACUCGCGUUCCAGAACUUUGUCCGCAGCUUCGGUCAGACGUGGGGCAUCACCAUCUGUGCGACGAUCCUGCAGAACGAGCUGAAGCGACGGCUCCCGGCCGGGUUCCUCGCGCAGUUCCCAGCCGGCGUCGAGGUCGCGUACGCGGCCAUCCCGCUCAUCCCGAGACUCGAGGAGCCGCUGCGGACGGAGGUGCGGGUCGCGUUCGCGGAGUCGUUGGCGGUGGUGUGGAAGGUGAUCGCGGGGGUCGCGGCGUGCGGGUUCGUGACGCUCGCGAUCCUGCGGGAGGUGCCGAUGCACACGGUGACGGACGAUCGGUUUGCGCUGCAGGAGAGGCGCGGGGCUGGUGGGGACUCGGAGGCUGCAGUGGUCGGAGGCGAAACGAAGGAGGCGUCGAUGGACUCUGGGAGCGAGAAGCCGUUGUGA